UCCCGGGUAUAAAUACGCUUGCCAUGCCGCCGUGCGAGUCAGUCGAACGAUAGCUCGCCCCGAGUGCGUUACAGCAAUCCGAACACACGCACAGGAUCCAAUUGAGAAGUGCCAGAAAGUAGAGCCAAGUGAAAUUUGACGUAAUCCAUUGCCAUGGCUAUUCCCUUCUACGAAGAUGAGGCUGACGCGACAGCAUCAGCGGCGGCUGCGACUACCUUAGAGUCCAGCCAAAUUACCGACGGCGAUCAGGUGGAUGGUCCUGCCUAUGCCAGCGAUGCAGGCUUCGAUCAGGUGGACUACGAGGCGCCAUCGGGAGCAACAAGUAACAGUCAAACGACAACCACUGAAACUGUGACGCCACCUAGCACGGAGGAGCAGUUGCUGGCCUGGAAAAUGCUCGCUCUGGCCAUGUGCAAAGUGCUCAAGCAAUUCUAUCUGCAGCACAAGAAGCAACAACAGGCGGGCAAGUCCACCAAACUGACAGCCACCGUGCAGAUUCAGCCGCAAGCGCAGUAAAACUAACUUGAUGAAAACAACCGACACAAUCGACAACAACAACUACAAAUUCAAGGCCCCAACACGAGGCUGAUGGCUCCUAAGCGCAACUUGUGAUUACUUUUCGUUGGUGAGAACUAGCGCUCCCUAAACUAACUAGGGAGAGAGAAAUGGAGAGAAAUUUAUGUGAGCGAUUUGCAAAAAUCUCAAAAAAUAAGAAGAGAAAAAACAAAAAAAAAAACAAUUUGAUCAUUUUGAGUAACAUUUAAAUUCUGGACAAGUUAAUCUGAGUUUUGCCGUCGCUGAGCAGAAAAUUCUAGUGAAGGCUGAUUAAAAUGUUUGGAUAAGCGCAAAUGUGAUAAAUAAUUUUGCUAAAAAUAUUUUAAGUGCUCAUUUUGGUAAAGUUAUUUAAGCAGCUAAAUUAAUACUAAUUAAUAUGAUAAAUAUUUUCCUAGUUUAGUUUAGUUUAAUUAAGUUUUUUCAAGAUGGUCGGCCCAGUGCAAGCAGCAGCUAGUUUUCAUACAGAUACGAACCUAAAUUUAAGUCCAAUUUUCUACUAAUACUAGAACUAAUAAUUAUGUAUUUAGAUUAGUUUAAGUUCAUAAUA